AUGGAUUUGAAUAGACUUGCCGCACUUGGUUGUUGUUCUUGGUAUUUUAAUAGAAAAGCAAAGAAUAUCAAGCGUGACUUGAUAAUUCCACCAAAUCCAUCAUCACAAUCAGAUGAAAUGACGAAAAAGGAAUUAAAAAAGUCGUCUGAAGAUCUAUGUAUAGAUAAAUUCAUUCAAGGUUCUCAAUUAAAGUCGACGAAUAACCGAUCUUAUUUAUUAUGGAUACCUUUUGACGAUUUAAUCGAUGUAAAAUAUUUAGCAAAUGGAGGUUUCGCUUCGGUUUAUUCGGCCAUUUGGGAUCAUUUUGAGACCAAAGAUAUGGUUGACGUUGUGCUUAAACGUUUACAUAAUGGUCAGAUUUCUAAUCCUGAAUUUUUAAAAGAACAAGUUUCAAUGUUUUUAUAUGGGUCUAUGAAUAAUAGUAAUAUCGUUAGAUGUUAUGGUUUCACAAAACACCCUACCGAAGGUUAUAUGUUGGUGUUGGAACAAGCUGAGGAUGGUGAUUUGAGAGGGUUUCUUCGUAGACAAUCUUCUACCUUAUUAUGGUCUGAAAAAUUAUUCAUUCUAAGAGAUAUUUCGAAAUCACUUGAAUUACUUCAUCAGCAUGAAUUCGUUCAUGGUGAUUUGCAUACCGGUAAUAUAUUAAAGACAAAUAAUCAAAGAAGUAUAAUCGAUGAAUGGAUUUGGAUUCUGUCGGCUUCAAAGAUUAGAUUAUCUAACAAGUCUAGGGAUAUUUUAAAUCAAUUUUCUUUGGCUAAUAAUAAUACAAAGAAAAUAGUUAAACGUCAAUCAAAGUUACCCCCUUCGCUUACUCGUUCUUCUACUCUGCUUAGGAACAAUACUUACUAUAGCAAAUCUUUGAGUGAUUAUGUAACUAUUAUGGGUGUUGAAAAAUCUGCGAAUGCUGCUUCUUUUGCUGCUUCUACCAGUUCAGUUAACUUUGAUGACGAGGACUCUUAA